GUCCGUGUCUGUGUCGUCUGUGCGUGUAUGGUACGGUGGUGGCGGCGGCGGGAGGCGAAAUGUAAAGCAGCUGGCGGUGAUGGGCGGGGCCCGGGCCUUAUGCAAAUGAGGAAGGCGGAGUCAGCCCCGGGGCUCCGCCUCCCUCCCCCGCAGCUGGGGCCAGCGGUGCCAAGCACAGCUGGACCAGCGGCAGCAGCUGGGCGAGUGACAGCCCGGCGACGCGCGCGCGCGGCCGCCGCCAGAGCCGGCGCGAAGGGGCAGCGCGGCCCGGCGGUCCCCGGGCGGCAGCAGCGGCCGCCUAGUCCCGCGUCUCCUUCGGGCCCGCAGCCCCGCGGUCCCGCCGCCCCGGGGCCGCCAACCUCUCGGGUGGCUCCCUACCCCCGGUCCCCCGCGCGCGCAAGAUGGCUGACCCGGCUGCGGGGCCGCCGCCGAGCGAGGGCGAGGAGAGCACGGUGCGCUUCGCCCGCAAAGGCGCCCUCCGCCAGAAGAACGUGCACGAGGUGAAGAACCACAAAUUCACCGCCCGCUUCUUCAAGCAGCCCACCUUCUGCAGCCACUGCACCGACUUCAUCUGGGGCUUCGGGAAGCAGGGAUUCCAGUGUCAAGUCUGCUGCUUUGUUGUCCACAAGCGCUGCCAUGAAUUUGUCACAUUCUCCUGCCCUGGUGCGGACAAGGGUCCAGCCUCUGAUGACCCCCGGAGCAAACACAAGUUUAAGAUCCACACCUACUCCAGCCCCACCUUCUGCGACCACUGUGGGUCUCUGCUGUAUGGACUCAUCCACCAGGGGAUGAAAUGUGACACCUGUAUGAUGAACGUCCACAAGCGCUGCGUGAUGAAUGUCCCCAGCCUCUGUGGCACGGACCACACGGAGCGCCGCGGCCGCAUCUAUAUCCAGGCCCACAUCGACAGGGAGGUCCUCAUCGUUGUCGUAAGAGAUGCUAAAAAUCUUGUGCCUAUGGACCCCAACGGCUUGUCAGAUCCCUAUGUAAAACUGAAACUGAUCCCUGAUCCCAAAAGUGAGAGCAAGCAGAAGACCAAAACCAUCAAGUGCUCCCUCAACCCUGAGUGGAACGAAACCUUCAGAUUUCAGCUGAAGGAAUCAGACAAAGACAGAAGACUGUCUGUAGAGAUCUGGGAUUGGGACCUGACCAGCAGAAAUGACUUCAUGGGGUCUCUGUCGUUUGGGAUUUCAGAACUGCAGAAAGCCGGCGUGGAUGGCUGGUUCAAGUUACUGAGUCAGGAAGAGGGAGAGUACUUCAAUGUGCCUGUGCCACCGGAAGGAAGCGAGGGCAACGAGGAACUGCGGCAGAAGUUUGAGAGAGCCAAGAUUAAGACUCCAGAAGAAAAGACUGCCAACACCAUCUCCAAAUUUGACAACAAUGGCAACAGAGACCGGAUGAAACUGACCGAUUUUAACUUCCUGAUGGUGCUGGGGAAAGGCAGCUUUGGCAAGGUCAUGCUCUCAGAGCGGAAGGGCACGGAUGAGCUCUAUGCUGUGAAGAUCCUGAAGAAAGAUGUGGUGAUCCAAGAUGAUGAUGUGGAGUGCACAAUGGUGGAGAAGCGGGUGCUGGCCCUGCCUGGGAAGCCGCCGUUCCUGACUCAGCUCCAUUCCUGCUUCCAGACCAUGGACCGCCUGUACUUUGUGAUGGAAUAUGUGAACGGGGGUGACCUCAUGUACCACAUCCAACAAGUUGGCCGCUUCAAGGAGCCCCACGCUGUAUUUUACGCUGCAGAGAUUGCCAUCGGUCUGUUCUUCUUGCAGAGCAAGGGCAUCAUUUACCGUGACCUAAAGCUUGACAACGUGAUGCUGGAUUCUGAGGGGCACAUCAAAAUCGCUGACUUUGGCAUGUGUAAGGAGAACAUCUGGGAUGGGGUGACAACCAAGACAUUCUGUGGCACUCCAGACUACAUUGCCCCAGAGAUCAUCGCUUAUCAGCCCUACGGGAAGUCUGUGGACUGGUGGGCAUUUGGAGUCCUGCUGUAUGAAAUGUUGGCUGGCCAGGCACCUUUUGAAGGCGAGGAUGAGGACGAGCUCUUCCAGUCCAUCAUGGAGCACAAUGUGGCGUAUCCCAAGUCCAUGUCCAAGGAAGCUGUGGCCAUCUGCAAGGGGCUAAUGACCAAACACCCAGGCAAGCGUCUGGGUUGUGGGCCUGAAGGGGAACGCGACAUUAAGGAACAUGCGUUUUUCCGGUAUAUUGACUGGGAGAAACUCGAACGCAAGGAGAUUCAGCCACCGUAUAAACCAAAAGCUUGUGGGCGAAAUGCUGAAAACUUCGACCGGUUUUUCACCCGCCAUCCACCAGUCCUAACACCUCCUGACCAGGAAGUCAUCAGGAAUAUUGACCAAUCAGAAUUCGAAGGAUUUUCCUUUGUUAACUCUGAAUUUUUAAAACCUGAAGUCAAGAGCUAAGUAGAUCUGUAGAUCUCCGUCCUUCAUUCUGUCAUUCAAGCUCAACAGCUAUCAUGGUGACAUUAUUUUUUUUUCAUUGCCAAGUUACAUCCGUGUUUUCUUUUCUGAUGAGGCUAGAGUGGCCAUGUUUCAGAACCCAAAUGUCCUCAAGUAGUUUGGAGCAUCUCAAGGAGAUGGAAUUAUGCAGGCGGCAUGUAGAAAGUGCUGCAUAAUCGAGACACACACGCAAAGUCCUCCUACCUGCGUCCCCAGCAUGCCAGCUCUCAGGCCCACUGGGGAGAGAAAAUGCUUGCUUUCUCUCCCUCAUCCUCUGCACUGCCGAUUUUACCCUGACCAUCCAAUCUACAUCCUUCCUACAAAAUGGAGAGGUGAACUGAAUGCUAGCAAUAUCCUCCACUUUCCAGGCUGGGAGCUUGGCUUCAAUCCAAGUACAUGGCUGCUUUGCCCUAGAGGGAAUCCCUCCACACUGCCUGUUCUGGAGGCAGUACAGCUUUGAAAAGAACACGCUAAAAAUAAAUUUUCAUUUUUACUUUUUUUUUUAACUCAGUGAUAAGAAGAUUAUCUAAGUCCUGGAAAAAAAAAAACAAAAAGCAAAACACACAACAACAAUAAAAACCAAAAAGGGAAUGCGCUUUUAGAUGAGUUUCAAUCUAAAAGCACUUCCAGGGGUCAAAAGGCAACCAGCUUGGGUGCUACCACCUUGCUGUAGUUUCUAAUAGUGGAUGUCUGAUGCUGGUACCCUCCUCCCCCAAACUACUCAAGAAUGGCAUUUGGCACUGUUCCUGAAACCACAUGGUCACUCUAGCAAGGUCCCAAAGGACCACGAUUUUACAUUACAUUUCAAAUGUUAUUUGCUCUUUCAUUUCUGUCAUUGUUGAAAUGCAAAAGAAAAAAAAUACUCACUUUGUUACACAUGCUUUAAAAAUCCGUGUCCAGAUGUUGUUAACCGCAACGGCCUGCUUUGUUCAACCAAGAAGAUGGCUAUGGAGCCCAGCAGACUUGUGCCUGUGGGGAGAGUAUUUGUCUAGGUGUACCAAUGGUAUUGGAGAACUACUUGAGUGCUCUGAGAAAGACACAAUCUCUCCAAACCAUGACCGUUGCAUUUUUCGGUUUGAUGUCAUUUUGCAAGAUAUCUGUGGAAAUGUUCAUUUGCACUUCAGUAUCUGUUUUGAUAUUUUUCUCCUAGCAUCAAGAUACAAUAAAAAAAAAAAAAGAAAGAAAGGAAAGAAGAAAUCCUAUUUCAAAGAAAACUGUUCUCUUUGAGCAAUGAGGACCCACACUACAAUGUAGGGCCCAAAGAAGGAACUCAGGAGAAAGGGGCUAAAGCUGGAUCUUAAAUAGCCUCAGUGUUCAACCAGCCAGAGAGAAGGAUCUGGACACCAUUCAGGGAUUGCUGGUGUCCUUAAGUGGGGCAGGAUAGAAAGGCUGGAGCCUCCCACACAUCAGAGUUCAGAGCUCACAUUCCCACCAGAGUCAAGCUUAGAGGCUAGCUAGGAAGAUGCCCAAGAUUCGUAAGCUUCUCAUCAAAAUUGCCACUCUUCUAAGUUUGAGCAUCCUUGAGUAAGCAACUCAGUGAGCUCCCAGAAGUCCAAGGGAACCCCUGGAGUGGAAGACUUCAUUUCUCCCUGAACAGAUGGGGACAGCAGCUGGUCCCUACCCUUGCCUACAGCUCAGAUCCCUGCUCCUCUCAGGCAGUUCUAAAGAGAAUUCUUAUCACAGGUCAAAAGAUUUCCAGGACCUUCAGGGCUUCUGAGAGAUCACACAGAAACUUCCCAAGGACCAGUGUCCUUGAAGUACACCUCCUCAUCUUUAGGAAGACUAUGCCUUGGGGUUCUGCUGAGACAAAGUGCAUUCUUUCCUAGCCUAUUUACAACUCUGCUUCAAGACUGGGGAAUAUUUCUCUUAGAUAAUGUGAAGCAAACUUACUGUCCUAACUGACAAUCUUAGGAUGUCUCCACUGAGGGAGACGAGGGCAUUCCCAUUCCUCACUCUAUUAUUGGGACAACUGGCAUCUGGAAAGUAGAAGCAAUUUUCUAAAGGUUUGUCAGUGGCAAUACAAACACAGGUAUCCUGAUCCCCAGCACAGGGCUCUGUCUCCUCUAUAACAAAACAAGCAUCUCUGAGCCACAUGUCUACUCCCAGGAAAGUUAUGUAGGGUCUAUCAUUUGGUCACUGGGUCACGAGGCCUUGGACAUAUGCUCAGAAUAAAAAUCACAAAGAAACCUAGGGCUAUUGGGAAGUGACCUGAGACAACCUUAGAAAACCGUGUAGGAAGGAUGGAUGGAUGGAUGGAUAGAUGAUAGAUGAAUGGAUGGAUAGAUAGAUAGAUAGAUAGAUAGAUAGAUAGAUAGAUAGAUAGUAUAUAUGUGUAAAUAUAUACACUACACUCUACAUUUUCAAAUUCUUGCCAUUAUUUUUUAAGGUCCAUAGUUUUCAGAACUAGAUACUCAGAGUGUCCCUUUCCUUAGCAUAUGUUGCUGAGGUCGGUCAGAGAAGCUUCUGUGGAAGUAAGGGGUCAUGACUCAGAUUCCCUACUGUUUCCUCUCCUACCACCUUUUUAGAUCAAAGGAAACCAGGAAAUAGCUUUCAUCACAUAAGAUCUUGAUGGAAUAUUUUGGAAUUCAAUCGGAAAAGAAACAUUUUAAAUUAUUUUUGCAACCAUCCGUUUAUGCCUCCUCCAUCCAUUCAAGUAGCACUUAUUGAACACCAACUGUGUGCCAGGCUGGGUGCCAAGAUCAUGGUGAGAAAUAAUAAGGACGCUGCCCAUCCCCUUUGCCCUCUUCCCCCAGCAUACCAUCUGUAGGAAAGAUGGUCAUAAAGCAAGUAAUUAAGAGCAUGGUAUUGUCUAGGGUCUCAGGCUUAUUAAGAAAAUCUUCUGAUGGAAGCCUUCGCAGCUUCUUGAUCUCCCCAGAGACCACAGUUUGAGGCUGAAGCAUCCUCUCCACCUAGAUUUCUGAAGCAAUCAGGUAGUGCGGUGGGUAGACAAGGAGAGAGGUGGGAUGGGAAGCUGCUGGGGCCCUUCUUAGGAGGUCAAUGAAACAAAAACUCCACAUUUGGCCAGACUAGAGGAGCUCCCACAAUGUGCCCUGGGAAUCGUGUCUGAUGGAGAAAGGGAGCCAACUGCUUUUCGGACUUGUUUCUGAGUCCUGAGUGUCACCCCUCAUCGUGCAUCACUCAGAUAGCUGCAGGCCUUCAGCAGAGGAAUCCGUUCUCCUUUUAGGAUACAGCUGAUCACAGCAUGUGACUCUUGCUGAUCAUGUCCUGAUCUCUCUAGCCCAUCUAGAACAGGUUUAAAUUUUCCACAAGAAAGGUAUUUAACUUCUGGGAGAAUUGAAGAAGAAGAAGAAGAAAAAAAAAAAAAAAAAAAAAAACUAAAAGAAAUCUACCUAAAGCAGGUAUUAACUGUGACCAAUCAUGUCUGGAUCCAAGAAUCUACUCUUUUAAUUUCUUAGAUUUCUAGCUGAUUGCCUCUUCUAAGAAAGGACAAGGCCAUGAUCAAGUGACCCAAAGGAGGCUAGUGGAACUAAUUCUCUUCCUAGGAUCAGUGUUUCUGUUCUCACAUGGCUUCACGUACUACCACCCCCAAAAGAAUGGUCAUAACGAAGGGGCCCAGUCCCUCCCAACAUUCUGGGGUAAAAUCUUGGAGGAUUUUCCAGGAGGCUCCACUCAUGAGGUAAAGCCCAUUAAAAGGAAGUCUUAUUCGGAGCACAUGGCUUACUGAGACACAGCAAGUAACAAAAUGCUUCCAAAGCUUGAGUCGGUAGGAAGGGAAUUCUGCCACGUGCUCUCAGGUAAGGAUGGCUACCUAGGUAGAGACCCCCCCAAAGGCACUGCCCAUCUUCUGGCCCCAGGUCUGCCCUUCUCCUGUCCACACAGAGCCUUGAAGCUUCCAGACCUUGCUCGUACACAGCUCCCUCCACACGGGCUCCAAGCACACAGUAUCCAUCUACGUAAGCCUUAGGACUGGUGGAAACAACCGCUAUCACUUGCUUCAGCGUGAGGAGGAAACGGCCUCAGGAAUGAGAAAGCGCAAGGCAGUAGCUCUUUAAUCGUAUCUUCUUUUAUUGGUUCAGUGAGUACUCAGGAACAGCCUACUGUGUGCUCAGUACGAUUCUUCGCAUUUGAAACUAAAUGAUAGCACAGGAACAGACAAAGACCUUGCCCUCCUGGAGAGAAGCAGUACAAUUUCCCCAAAGUAGUAAGUGCACAGAAGACAAUGAGAAGGGUGCUGACCUGUGGCUUAUAGGAUCAGAAAAGAUAAAACAGACCGUAUUAAGAAACAGAGGGCAUCCCAUUUUUCCUCUAGAUAUGAAAAGUAACCACAUGGAGUGCCCAAGCCUGGAACCCUCCACAAAAGCCCAGCAUGGACAGGACACCACAAGAGAUGGCCCACCACGCAGAAAACAGCUCUAUGAGAAGCCUUAGCCUUUCCCUCUAUGCCCACACUCCUAUAGAUGACCUCCUGAUGCCAGUUUGUCCCCCUCAAUCUCAUAACUUUCCUCAGACACCCCAAUAGGGAAUCCCUGUCUCAGGGGCACAUCCAGAAAGAAGUAUUUUGGAGCCUGACAACAAGCGAUCCUUAUUAACCUGGAUUAAUAAGGAAAUCCUGUUGCUAGAGAAUCCCAGGCACUGUGAAACACUCUUUAGGCUGUCUCUCCAGCCAGAGCAGCUGUAACGAGGCAACAGUUAGCUGCUAUGUGGUCAGAUUUAAAUCACCAACCCACUGUGCAGUCCUGGGCAAGUCCCUUCACUGACUGGUGCCUCGGUUUUCUCAUAUUGCAAACAAUGGGAGACGAGGACAUCAGCUUUGCUGAUGGUGGGGUGAGACUAGGAAGGGAUAAUCGGCUACCAAGGAUGCUGGCGAGGCCAGCACAUCAUAGAGACCGGUUAAUCGGCCCACAUUCACAUCCCCUGGUAGAACCUGCCUCAUAGCAUAGUUAGUAAUGCCUACACACAGGCAGACUGGCGGGCAGGCUGGAAGAAAGGAAGAAAGCAGGAAAGGAAGGAAGAGGAGGAAGGAAGGAAGGAAGGAAGGAAGGAAGGAAGGAAGGAAGGAAGGAAGGAAGGAAGGAAGGAAGGAAGGCAGACUGACCAAAUUACCCACCACAAAGUAGUUUUGUUUUUCAAGCUCGCCUUCACAGAUCUUACUUUAAGCUUUGGGCUGUGUUUCUUAGAAAGCACACUACCAAAAUCUUUGCAGAGACCCCCUGGCUAGUGAAGAACCAGAUUCUACUCUCGUGGUCAGCUUUUGAGCGGCACUUCGAAGCCUAGCUUCUACCCAUCUCUUUUUGGGAUCUGAAUCUAAAAUAUGAGUUAGGUAGACCCUAGGAGACUGGAUACCUCUGAGCCAGAUCUUCUGACACAGCUCUGGCUCCAAGUGGGCUGUCUAGGUGGUCCGCAGUGAGUCUCAGGCAUCUUGAGGGUGAGGUACGUGGUUGGUUAGCUUCUUGCAAUAAACACUGAUCUGCUUUCCUUAUGUGGCCAUUUGCCUUCUGAGAGCCAGUGUGUGUUCAGGGGUCUCUCUCUUUCUCUCUCUCUCUCUCUCUCUCUCUCUCUCUCUCUCUCUCUCUCUCUCUCUAACAAAGUCAGUUCCUGGCCACAGGGGUCGUUUGCCCUCCAGGGUACUCUAAGAGCUAACUAACUCUAUGACAUUUAGCUGUGAGGGGAAACAGUUACUGAUGUAAUUCACCUCAAAGUCAAAGCAUAGUACUCCCCUCCACACAGUCACCCUCUCUAGGGCAAUUCUUAAAGAAAUAAAUGAAUCUCCUCUUCUCGUAGAGAGUUCGCACCAAGCUUUCUCUCCCAAAGCCAGCAUAUAAUCUGAAGUGAAAGCCGAUACAAGGAACGCAGCUGCUAAAAGCUGUCGGCACGGGGCUUUCUGACUGCUCAGGAGCUUUUCUCAGCCUUCUGGUAACUGGCAUGUCCUGAUCAUGUUUCCUGCUGCUGCUGCUGCUGCUCCUGCUGCUCCUGCUGCUGCUACUGCUGCUGCUGCUGCUUUCUGUGUUAAUGCGUUUGCUUUCCAUUUGGCAGAGAGACAAGCGAGACACCUCCAACUUCGACAAAGAGUUCACCAGGCAGCCUGUGGAACUGACCCCCACUGACAAACUCUUCAUCAUGAACUUGGACCAAAAUGAAUUUGCCGGCUUCUCCUAUACUAACCCAGAGUUUGUCAUUAAUGUGUAGGUGAACGCAGAGUCCAUUGCUGAGCCUGUGUGUAAGGCUUCAGGCUGAGUGUCUGUUACCCAAUUCCAGUCUUCCAGGAUCCAUGGUGCCUCUGCUGGCACCAUCAUGUGGAGAGCUUGUCUUAGAGGGCUUUUAUUCGUACGUAUAGCUUGCUAGUUUGUUUUCUACAUUUGAAAAUGUUUAGUUUAGAAUAAGUGCAUUGACCACUGAUAGAGGUACAACUUUCCAGACUUCCAGAAACUCAUCCAAUGAACCAAUCGUGUCAAAAACUUAACCGUGUCCGGUACCAAAAUGCUUCAGUAUUUGUAAUUUUUAAAGUCAGAUGCUGAUGUUCCUGGUCAAAGUUUUUACAGUUACUCUCUAAUAUUCUCCUUUGAAUGCUACCUAAGCAUGACCAGUCUUUUUAAAAGUUGUGAGUAAGCUUUGCAGUUACUGUGAACUCUUGUCCCUCGGAGGAAACUUUUUGUUUCAGAAUUGGUAUGAUUAAACUGAAUUCAAAUAUGCAAA